AUGCCAAAGUCGUCUGCUAAAAGUGACAAUUCAAAAAGUGGUAAGAUGAGUGGAAAAAGUUCAACUAAUUCUAACAAAACUGAUAAUGCAUCAUCAACCGGCUCUGGUAAGCAGUCCAAGUUGGCAAAUGCGGUGAAGGUACGUCAUAUACUAUGUGAAAAACAAAGUAAAUGCUUAGAAGCUUUAGAACAAAUUAAAAAUGGUAAACGUUUUAAUCAAGUAGCAGAAAUGUACAGUGAAGAUAAAGCUCGUUCAGGGGGUGAUCUAGGAUGGAUGUCCCGUGGAUCGAUGGUCGGUGCAUUUCAAGAUGCAGCAUUUAACUUGCCUAUAUCAACUUUAGAAAAUCCCAAGUACACUGAUCCUCCAGUUAAAACACAGUAUGGAUAUCAUAUUAUCAUGGUUGAGGGAAGACGAUAA